GUUUAAGAAUGAUGUCAAGAACGAUGAGAGCAUUUCAGGUGUUUUAUAAACACAAAUUGAAUGUUUCGACUUACCAAAUGUGUAUUCUUAUGUUGUUCGAUUCUGCAGAUCGGUUGACUUACAGAGAAAUAGAACAGGCUACACAAAUCCCAGCUUCAGAUCUGAAGCAUUGUCUUCAGUCGCUUGCUUGUGUCAAAGGUGAAAAUGUCCUGAGCAAGGAGCCAAUGAGCAAGGACAUAGCCGAGGAUGAUGCUUUCUACUUCAAUGACAAAUUUACGAGCAAGUUCAUCAAGGUGAAGAUAGGCACCGUGGCAGCACAAAAGGAGUCAGAACCAGAGAAGCAGGGGACUCGCCAAAGAAUGAAAGAAGACAGAAAACCACAGAUUGAAGCUGUGAUAGUGAGAAUUAUGAGAUCCAGAAGGGUAUUAGAUCAUAACACCAUUGUAACUGAGGUCACAUCACAAUUGCAAUCUCGCUUCCUGCCAAACCCAGUUGUCACAGAAAAGCGUAUCGAGUCUUUCAUUGAUCUGGAGUUUCUAGAAAGAGAUAGAGCAGACAGGAAAUUAUAUCGAUAUCUUGCUUGA